AUGGCUACCCUCGACGUUGACUGUAAUGGCUUGGUCAUAAAAACAAUCUCGAAGAAACCUCCAAAACACCACACUCUGAAAAUUAUGUCGUUUUCAUCUCUGAAAUCUGAGGAUAGAUUUGAAUCUGGGUACUUUGAGGCUGGAGGAUACAGUUGGAAACUAGUGCUCUUUCCAAAUGGAAAUAAGAAGCGCAAUGUGACUGACCACAUUUCUCUGUACUUGGAGAUGGCUGGAGAGAAACCAAUAAGUACUGGCCUGGUGGUAACGGUUGAUUACAAGUUGUUUUUGCUCAACCGGCAGAAGGAAACGAAGACCUACCUUGUUCGUGAAGAUGCCAAUAAAAAGGAGCAAAAGUAUUGCUUUUAUCGGACAAUUGUUGGUGGUUCUGCCGGAUUCGAUCGGUUUAUCUCUCUUGAAGAUUUCAAUAACGUCUGCAAUGGUUACCUGGUUGAUGACCAGUUUAUCGACUUCUCAAAGCUAACGGCUGACUAUUACUACUCCCCAUCUUUCAUCGCCGGAGAUCAGAAAUAUUGCAAAUGGAAGGUUUCCCUCUAUCCCAAGGGAACAUCUGCUGGAAAGGGUAGUCAUGUUUCUGUUUAUUUGCGAAUGGAUGAAACUGAAAAGCUUCCUACUGGCUCUAAGAUACUCGCACAGUUUAAAGUACGCAUUCUGGAUCAGCUAAACACUGGUUCAGUGCCCCAAGCUGGGGUUUGGGUUGGCCUGAACUCAUUACACAGGAAGCAAAUGCAGCAUUUCUUAAGAAUGACAUCUGUGUCAUCGAGACGGAAAUCAUUAUUUUAG